UUAAAAUUUAGUACCAUUCGAAUGGUAAAAAGUAGAGGAUGGUCCUCUGGAAAAUUUCAUUGCUGUUGGUAGUGGGAGCAGUCAUCGCCGUUACGGUUGCCGAACGGCGAUUUCCAAUUGGAAAAAUAGCAGCUUCGGAACAAUCCGUUCCGGAUACUGUAUCGCGUGUUGAAGAAGACAAUGAUUUUCGUCUUCCAAAGGAAACCGUACCAUCUCAUUACGCAAUCCGGCUGAGCACUACAGUUCACGAAGGAGCUACCGACUUCCAGGGGAGUGUUGAUAUCCACUUCAACGUCGUAGAAUCCACAGACAAGAUCACCGUCAAUAACCGCGACUUAAGAAUCGUAUCGGCAACUCUCUAUCGCGUUGAGGAUGAAGAAUUGGUCGAAAUUGAUCAACCGUCCGAUAGCUCUGAUGAACGAACGGAACAGCUGACCUUCCAAUGUUCGGCAGCUCUCGAAGUCGGAAGCUAUGUCUUGACCGUAGACUAUACUGGAAAGCUCCAAACAUCUACUGCUGCUGGAUUCUUCCGAAGGUAUUAUUUCGACGAGAACAACAAUCGCCGAUACCUUGCAACGACCCAGUUCGAACCGACUAGAGCCCGCAUGGCUUUCCCGUGUUACGAUGAACCGACCCUGAAGGCAACCUUCACCGUAUCGAUAACUCACCAUUCGAGCUACAGCGCAGUUUCCAACAUGCCUCAGGAUGGCCCCAUUAUCGUAAACACGCAGGAUCCUAGCUUUGUAACGACCAAUUUCCUCAAAACGAACAAGAUGUCCACCUAUUUGCUAGCAUUUGUGGUGUCCGACUUCGAAACUAGAAUCUUGGGACGUCAGCUGAUUCAUGCCAGGCCAAACGCUAUCGACGAAACCGAAUUCGGUCUCGUGGCUGGAGUUAAGAUCCUAGACAAGUUGAGUGAGUACACCGGUAUUUCGUACUAUGAUUACAAACCGAAGUUGGCACAGAUUGCCAUUCCGGACAGGGGCAAUGGAGCCAUGGAAAAUUGGGGGUUGGUUACCUAUGGUGAACCAGCACUCCUGUUCAACCCGAAUGUCAAUACCUACCGUACAAAGACCAACGUCGCAACGACAGUGUCCCACGAAUACGCCCACCAGUGGUUUGGAAACCUGGUCACCACCGAUUGGUGGAAAUACAUAUGGCUAAAUGAAGGCUUCGCUACCCUCUACGGCUACUACGGAGCUCAUCUGGCCUAUCCUAAUGAAGAAUACAUGGAUCUAUACCAGUUGCAAACCGUACAAGCAGCUCUAUCACAAGACUCCAGUGAUACCACGCGACCAAUGAACUGGAACGCAAACACCCCUACGGAGAUUUCUGCACUGUUCGACAAUAUCGCUUAUGCCAAAUCUGGCAGUGUGCUGAACAUGUUCCGCAUUGUCUUCGGAGACGAAGACUGGCGAAAGGGCUUGAAUACUUAUCUGCUGAACCGACAGCUGGCUGCCGCAACCGACGAAGAUCUGUACGAAGCUCUCCAAAGUGCUGUUUCCGGUAAACGUACCAUUCCGGACACGAUGACAGUGAAGCAGAUCCUAGAAACUUGGACCAACGCUGCCGGCUAUCCCGUUGUCAACGUUCGACGAAACUACCAAACCAAGGAGGUGAUCGUUUCUCAACAGCGAUUCUUUUCAAACAAGAAGGUGCCCAGCGAUCAUGUUUGGUACAUUCCCUACAACAUCGCCGAUCAAAAAGAUCAACAGUUCGACGUGAACCACUUCAACUGGCUAACUAAGAAGGCAGAUCGUUUCUUCGUCGACACCGAGCCCGAACAGUGGAUGAUCUUCAAUCGGCAACAGUUUGGAUACUACCGUGUCAACUAUGACAGCCGAAACUGGGAAAUGCUUUCGUGGGCCAUGAUCCGUUACCCGGAAAGCAUCCACCACUUCAAUCGAGCUCAGCUGAUCGAUGAUGCCUUCAAUCUGGCUCGGGCAGAUCUACUAGACUUCAACGUUGUCCUACGUCUUCUGACUUCCUUGACCAAUGAUCAAGACUACCUUCCGUGGGCAGCCGCAGACAAAGUUCUUCGUUAUCUCCAUGGCUUACUCCGCGGAACCGAACAGCAAGCUCGCUUCGAUUACUUUGUCCACACGUUAAUCGGUAACAUCUAUCCAACGCUGUCGAUUGAUUCCGUUGAUUCUACCGAAACGUUGAAGACGAAAUAUUUAAAACAACUGAUCUCCACAUGGGCCUGUCAAGUCGGUUACAUUGAUUGUUUGGAGCGAACCCAUGAAGCGUUGCAAGCAGCGGUUCACGAUAACAUCGAAGUACAUCCGGAUGUAUCCACUGUAGUCUACUGCUACGGUGUACAGCGCGCUUCGGACGAUGAAUUCCUGUGGUUGUACAACCGUAUGUCCAACUCGAAGAACGAAGCCGAUCGCUCGUUGCUGAUCGAUGCGAUGGGUUGCUCCCAGAACAAGGAUCACCUGAGCUCCUACCUAUCCACCUCUAUCGGUACGAUGUCGGAGAUCACCUACUUCGAAGCCGAACGAACUAAGGUCCUGCAGGCGGUCUAUUCGAACGAUCGUACCGGCGUAGAUGCAUUGAUCGACUAUUUGAGCAAUUCCGCUUUGGUGGACGACUUUGUCCGAAUCCUAGGGCAAUCGGCGCUGAACAGUGCGAUCACUAACAUUGCAUCGCGCACGAAUACGGAGGAGGAAUUCGAUCGACUGAAGAGAUUGCUGCACGCGCUGGGAUCGCUGGUUCCGGAGAAUGUGCACAGUGCUGCCAUGGUAACCGUCAAGGCUAAAUUCGAUUGGCACGAUAGCCUGGAGGGAAUGAUCGUAACUGAUUUUCUUGAGCAGUAUGCUUGAAAGUUGAUAUCAACCUUAAAGUGUACCAAGUAAAUUAGU